ACAAUAAUGUCCUACUUUCUGACUUCGAAUUACACCAAUUCAAGAUGUCUGACAACAAAUUAACAUUAUAUUACUUUCAAGCUUCCUACUAUUCACAGAAGGCAACAUUAGCUUUGUUCGAGAAAGGAUGUCCAUUCAACCGAAAGAUAAUAAAUAUUCAAAAUGGGGAACAAAAAACACCAGAGUACAUGAAAAUGAACCCACAUGGACUUGUUCCCUUAUUAAAAGAUGGAGAGAAAAUUGUGGUAGAGUCAGAGAAAAUAAUUGACUACGUUGAUGAUCAAGUUAAAUCUGGACCGACAUUGGUACCUGAUCCUAGCACAUCAGUUGGAAAGGAGGUAAAACGAUUACGUGAGUUCAUUGAUGCAAUCCGAAUCGAAAUAAUUACCUAUGGACUGCUGUUCAAUCCAGAGUUGUCUACCAGUGGUGUUAAACUACCAAAAAUGAUUAUCAACGUUAAACGGUUUAAAGAAAAAACGCAGGAAAAUGUUGCUAGCUUGGAAGAAGCUGCACAGAAAUAUCCAGAUUUACGCGAUAGCUACAUCGCAAAAUACCAAAAGACGAAAAAGUUUUAUGAAGACACUAAGAACAAAGAGAAUGUAAUAGAACAUUUAGAAGACACUGAACACAGAUGUGAAUAUUUAGAGGAAUGUUUAAGAAGAAGUAAAGAGUCUUCGGGUGGAGAAGAGUACUGGUUGACAGGAACACAGUUCAAUGCAGCUGAUAUUUUACUGGUUGUGUUCAUGGACAGAAUUGUUAUGUUGGGACUUGAAGAUAGAUAUUUCUGUAAAACAAAGAGGCCAUUGUUGUAUGAUUACCUACAGAGAAUUGGACAGAGAAAAUCUGUACAGAUGUUGAGAGCCGAUGUGAAAACGGCUUUUACAAUGAUAUUGUGGAAUGCUGCGAAAGCAGCCGUACCAUAUGUAGUUGUUCUAGGUCUAGCAAUUGGAGCUGGUGUCUGGUUAAUGAAGAAUAAAUCUAGGGUUAUAAAUGCAUUUGUAGAAAAAUAAUCAUAUCAUUAAAUCGUUCAUUAAUCAC